UUCCUGGAAACAGACGUGCCAUAUGAAGAAGGGCUGGAUGAGGACGAAACUUAUUCGCAGAGGUUGGGCGAGUCCUCCUCGAUCUCCAUCGCCGAAGCAAAGAAAGACUGGAGGAGCCGAACGUCUGUAUUGGAGGGAAGGGAAAAGCCCGUGCCUCAGACUUUAUCCACAGCCUCGGUUAGGUCAGGCAUGAGUGAAAUAGAGCGCGAACUCGGCCUGGCGCCCCCGAAGGUUCGGACGUAUAAAAAAAUUGUAAAGCAAGAAGUUUACAAUCUGUAUUACCACAUGGCAGUCAAUGAUGUCCCGGAAGACUUUGUGGAGAGCGAUACUCUCUUUUUCCUUAGGGAUACUUCAGAAACUGUAACAGAACCCAAUGACUUGGUGGAAGCGAAUGAUGUCUUGCCCGAAGUCUUGGAAUACGGCAUGCUGAACAGCCAUACUCUGGUGAUGCUCAAACAGAUCUUCGCCCUGGUGUUUCUGCCUGCCAUGUGCCAUAACCAGUAUGGCUUGGAGGAGUCUAUUACGCAUGCAGAAUCUGACAAGGCAGAGGGUGAAGAUUCACAGUCUGCCCAAAAGGUGCCGAAGAAGCCACUGGUGUUAGAUACUUUUCAGACUCUAAGGAAUGAGUUCUUGAUGAACAUGCAAAAAUUCCUGACCCAUAUUCAGAGGACCAUCCAGCAGAUUGAAGGGGAAAUUAAGUUAGACAUGCCCUCAAUGAGCUUAGAAGGGGAUGCGAAUGAUCUUGCAAGUGACCAGGAAAUGGUUGAAUCGCUGGAAGGCCUUGCGAAUGGUUGGCUCGUGUUAAUCUCUUCUGCAAGUGAAGAGCUGCAGAAAAAGGUCCCUCAGGGGAAUGGCCCGCUAGCAGAGAUUGAUCUCUGGCGGGAGAGGAACGCCACCCUGAGUGCCCUCACCGAGCAGAUCAAGCUGCCCGUAGUCAGGAAGGUCCUGCAGGUGCUCGAAGUUGCCAACACAGGAAUUGUGGAUAACUUACAGGUGGUCAUUAACGAUCUCUGCAAGCAUCACGUGGAAGCGGUGGACAACGUAAGGUUUCUUUCUACCCUGGAACGACACUUGAAGAAUUUAACACACGGCACCGGCUUCAACGUGGUCUUGGACACAAUACCUUCGCUGAUGAACGCUCUGCGGAUGGUCUGGAUUAUUUCGCGGCAUUACAACAAGGACGAGCGGAUGGUCCCCCUCAUGGAGCGGAUAGCCUGGGAGAUUUCAGCAAGGGUCUGCAAAGUCGUGGACCUGCAGACUUUGUUCAAAGAAGACAGGCAGCUUGCAAAAACCAUGAUGGUGGAAGCUAAACGAACCCUUGAAAUUUGGAAGGAAUCUUAUUUCAAUGUCCGGGCCAAAAUUGAAGCGUCAGGAAGAGAUGCCCGAUGGGAGUUUGAUCGGAAGCGGUUGUUUGAAAAGACGGACUACAUGGCUUACAUCUGCCAGGAUCUCUACAACAUAUUGCAGGUCAUGGAGGAAUUUUACAACAUCUUCGGGCCUGAACUGAAGGCUGUCACUGGAGACCCAAAGCGCAUUGAUGAAGUCUUGUACCGAGUAGACGGCUUGGUCAGCCCUAUGGAAGUUCUGACGUUUGACCUGUUCAACAUCCGAUAUGCAAACCAGUGGAAGCUGGUGAUGGAUGAGUUCAAGCUGGAAGUUCUGGACAUUGAAAAAGAAGCAAAGAACUUCAUCGACGAGUCUUUUAAGACCCUCCGCUCUGCAGAAGCGGCCUUUGAUAUGCUUUUGAACUUCAAGCACAUCCGUUCCCGGGAAGCCAUCAAUAAACAGAUGAUGAUGAAAUUCAAUGAUAUUCUGGCACAGUAUUGCAAGGAGCUUGAGAUCGUGAACGGCAUUUUUAUCAACAAUCUCACCGACCCUCCUUUGUGCAAGAACCACCCUCCGAUGGCCGGAGCCAUUUACUGGGCGCGAUCUCUUUUCUACCGUAUCAAGCACACCAUUAUUCGAUUCCAGGAAGUGGAAGAGCUGCUGGCUAGUGAACGCGGAAAGGAGGUGAAGCAAAAAUACCUUGAAGUAGCAAAGAGGAUGAAAGAAUAUGAAGAUCUGAAGUAUGACCAGUGGAGAAACAUUACAGAAGACCGGCUCCCAGUCUUACUGAAAAAAACCCUCCUUGCUAGAGUUCAUGCUUCCGGAGUGAUAAUUCAGUCAAACCCAGAAACCCAACAACCGAGCACACAUUCGGACGAGACAGAAGCCACUGGAGAGAAGAGCCCCCGUUUUGUUGUCAACUUUUCACCCAGGCUUCGGGAGAUCAUCAAUGAAACAAAGUACAUGGAGCAUCUGGGAUUCCCUGUGCCUGAAAUAGCAAAGAAUGUGGCCUUGCAGGAAGACAAAUUGCUUCGAUACACUGAUGGCAUCAAGCAGAUGCUGGAUCGCUAUCACCAAGUAAUAGGAACUUUGGAUGAGGCCGAGAUGCAGCUCCUGGAUGAACACGUGCAGGACCUUUGGCGGGUUUUCCGAUCUGGUUACAAAAGACUCAACUGGAAUUCCUUAGGGAUUGGUGACUAUAUUACGCGGUGCACCCAGGCGAUCGGGAAGUUCGAAUCCCUUGUCCAUCAGAUUCACAAGAAUUCCGAAGACAUACUGAACAAACUUUUAUUAAUAGAAUCAGCCAAUCUGUUCAAAAGCCCACCUUCCAAAGGGGAUAGUUAUCCAGGUGUGAAGGAUUACUUUGAGUUUAUCAAGCACGAAAGAUCCAGGGACAUGGAGCACAUGGUUCGCAAGUACAUCUCAGUUGGGCCCCUGCUAACCAAAAUGGAAGGCCUUGUGGUGAACACCAACACAGGAAGAGCCUCACGGCUUGUCCCGUAUUAUGCCUACUGGGAAAAAAAAGUUUAUCAGACCUUGACAAACUUGGUACUGAAGAAUUUGCAGUCCUUCAAUGCAGCCGUGAUGGGGAACACCCCACUCUUUCAAGCAGAGACCAUUUUGUCUGCCCCCGAAAUCAUCCUCCAGCCAAAUAUGGGAGAAAUUGAGAAAAUGUGUGUCCAUUGCAUUCGAGACUGUGUGGAAACUACCAAGCUCUUCGUUCGCUGGAUGCAUGGCACUUGCAUUGAAUGCCCGCCCCAGCAAACCGGCGACGAUGAGCCUGUCAUCUUCAGCUUUUUUAGCGACAUCUCCCAGAACCCAGUGAUCAUUGAGCAGGCCAUCCUCAUCACUCAAAACAUGCACAAGCUCCUGGGCUCUCUCACCAAAUACCUGAACCGUUGGAAGCGGUAUCGGCCCCUGUGGAAACUGGACAAGGCCAUUGUCAUGGAGAAAUUUGCUGCCAAGAAGCCGCCCUGUGUGGUUUUUGAUGAGAAACUCCAGUUCUACAUGAAGGUGGCCCAGGAAGUCAUGCAACAGCCCAUGGUCAAAGAUGAGCAAUGUGUCCGCCUGCUGCUGGCACCGUUGGCUUUCACGGUCCAGGAGAAUGCCAGAGGUUGGGUGAAUUCACUCGGGAAGCUGCUCAAUGAAUCCGCCAAAGAGGUGCUAUACAGUCUCCAAGAAAACAUUGAGAGAUUAUCACAUAACCUGAAAACGACUCCCAAUACCCUGGAAGAUCUGAAAUUUGUCUUGGGCACAAUAGCUGAGAUCAAAGAUAUAUCUCUAGAAGUGGAACUCAAGUAUUUGGAUAUUCUGGAGAGAUACCGUACCCUGGCCAUGUACAACAUUUGUAUAACAGAAGAGGAACGGAACCUGGUGAAUAAGAUAAAACUGAUGUGGGAAACUCUUUUUUCUGAUGCGGCAGGAGUUGAUCACAGCCUUGGCAGCAUCAAAAAGACUUUUACUGAGAUCACAAGGGAGCAGAUUGGAAACUACAACAAGGAAAUCGAUGAUUUCUACCAUAGGUUUGUUACUGAGGGGCCAGGUUCUGUUGGUGAAAAUCUUGACAGAGGAUUAGAGCUGAUGGUGGUUUUUGAAAAAGAACUGGAGAAACAUGAGAGGAACCGUCAAGAGCUGGCCAAUGCAGAAAAGCUGUUUGACCUUCCCAUCACAAUGUAUCCUGAUUUGAUCAAAAUCCAAAAAGAAAUGAAGGGCUUGAGGCAGAUCUAUGAAAUCUAUAAGCUGCAGCAGGCUGCCAAAGAGGAAUGGUCCCAGACCCUCUGGGUGAAUCUUAACGUGCAGGUGUUACAGGAUGGAAUUGAAGGAUAUCUGAAAACCCUUCGCAAAUUGCCAAAACACGUCCGUGGCAUGCCGGUGGCAUAUCACCUAGAAAUGAAGAUGAAGGCUUUUAAGGAGUCCAUUCCUUUGCUGCUGGAUUUGAAGAAUGAAGCAUUGCGAGAGAGACACUGGAGGGAGCUAAUGACAAGAACAGGCACAAGUUUUGAUAUGGCGACUGAAACCUUCACAUUAGAGAACAUGUUUGCCAUGGAACUGCAUAAAUAUUCGGAUGUGAUCAAUGAGAUUGUGGGAUCCGCUGUCAAAGAGCUGAGCAUUGAGAAGGGAGUGAAGGAAAUCAUUGAAACGUGGGAGAACAUGAAAUUUACUGUGCAGCGGUACUUCAAAGGGACUCAGGAACGGGGCUUCAUUUUGGGAACUGUCGACGAGAUCGUUCAGAUCCUGGACGAUAAUGCCGUCAACCUUCAAAGUAUUUCUGGCAGCAGAUUUGUGGCACCUUUUCUGGCAACUGUCCAUAACUGGGAGAAAACCCUCUCUUUGAUUGGUGAAGUGAUUGAGGUCUGGAUGACUGUUCAGCGAAAAUGGAUGUAUCUGGAAAGUAUCUUCAUAGGCGGAGACAUCAGAUCGCAGCUUCCUGACGAGGCUAAAAAAUUUGACAACAUAGAUAGGAUAUUCAAAAGGAUAAUGGGAGAAACGGUCAAAGACCCAGUGAUCAGGAGAUGCUGUGAAGCUCACAAUCGUCUUUCAGACCUUCAGAACAUAAGUGAUGGGCUGGAGAAGUGCCAGAAAAGCUUGAAUGAUUAUCUGGAUUCCAAGCGAAAUGCCUUCCCACGGUUCUUUUUCAUCUCUGAUGACGAACUGCUUAGCAUCCUUGGAAGCAGCGAUCCCUUAUGUGUUCAGGAGCACAUGAUUAAGAUGUAUGACAACAUAGCCGCCCUGAAGUUUCAAGAGGACGACAGUGGGAUGAAGAUCGCCACUGCUAUGAUUUCUGCAGAAGCUGAAGUGAUGGAGUUCCGGAAGGCUAUCCCAGCCGAAGGCCGAGUUGAAAACUGGAUGACGGCGGUGCUGGUUGAAAUGCGGAGGACCAACAGGCUGAUCACCAAGGAAGCCAUCUUUCGGUAUUGCGAAGACCGAAGCAGAGUUGAUUGGAUGCUAAUGUAUCAGGGCAUGAUGGUGCUGGCAGCCAAUCAGGUGUGGUGGACCUGGGAGGUGGAAGAUGUCUUCCGGAAGGUGAAGAAAGGGGAGAAACAAGCCAUGAAGAUCUAUGCCAAGAAAAUGCACCAGCAGAUCGACUCACUGGUGACACGGAUCACCAAGCCGCUAAGCAAAAAUGACAGGAAGAAAUACAACACGGUUCUCAUCAUUGAUGUCCAUGCGAGGGAUAUUGUUGAUACGUUUGUACGAGACAGCAUUAUGGAAGCACGUGAAUUUGAGUGGGAAAGCCAACUGCGUUUCUAUUGGGACCGAGAGCCCGAUGAGCUCAACGUGAGGCAGUGCACAGGGACCUUUUCUUAUGGCUACGAAUACAUGGGCUUAAACGGGCGUCUGGUUAUCACUCCACUCACAGACCGGAUAUAUCUGACACUCACACAGGCCUUGUCCAUGUACUUGGGCGGAGCUCCUGCUGGUCCAGCAGGAACUGGGAAGACGGAGACAACGAAGGAUCUUGCCAAAGCUCUGGGCUUGCUUUGUGUGGUCACCAACUGUGGAGAAGGCAUGGACUUCAAGGCUGUGGGUAAAAUCUUCUCAGGCCUUGCACAGUGCGGAGCGUGGGGUUGCUUUGAUGAAUUUAAUCGGAUCGACGCUUCCGUGCUUUCGGUCAUCUCCUCUCAGAUUCAGACGAUUCGAAAUGCUCUCAUGAACCAGCUGAAAACCUUUCAGUUUGAAGGACAAGAAAUCGCUCUGGAUCCUCGGAUGGGCAUUUUCAUCACCAUGAACCCUGGCUAUGCAGGACGAACCGAGCUUCCUGAAUCCGUAAAGGCCUUGUUCAGGCCCGUGGUCGUCAUUGUGCCCGAUCUGCAGCAAAUUUGUGAAAUCAUGCUGUUCUCUGAGGGGUUUCUCAUGGCCAAGAUCCUAGCCAAAAAGAUGACUGUGCUGUACAAGUUGGCAAGGGAACAGCUUUCUAAACAGCAUCACUAUGAUUUUGGGCUUCGGGCUCUAAAGUCUGUCCUGGUAAUGGCCGGUGAACUGAAAAGAGGGUCUCCAGAUCUCCACGAGGAUGUGGUCCUCAUGAGAGCCCUGCGGGAUAUGAACCUCCCCAAAUUUGUCUUUGAAGAUGUUCCCCUUUUCCUGGGCUUGAUCUCGGAUCUUUUCCCCGGACUGGAUUGCCCCCGAGUGCGCUACCCCAAAUUUAACGAUGCAGUUGAGCAGGUGCUGGCUGAAGAAGGUUAUAUUGUUCUACCUGUUCAGGUGGAUAAAGUGGUCCAGAUGUAUGAAACAAUGCUAACGCGUCAUACCACAAUGGUGGUUGGGCCAACUGGAGGCGGCAAGUCUGUGGUCAUCAACGCCUUGUGUCACGCUCAGACAAAAUUAGGACUGCUGACUAAGCUGCAUAUUCUGAAUCCCAAAGCCAUGAGUGUGAUUGAAUUGUAUGGCAUCCUAGAUCCCACCACACGAGACUGGACAGAUGGAGUUUUGUCCAACAUCUUCAGAGAAAUCAACAAACCCACUGACAAAAAAGAGAGACGGUACAUAUUAUUUGAUGGUGAUGUAGAUGCUCUCUGGGUAGAAAACAUGAAUUCUGUGAUGGAUGAUAACAAACUGUUGACCUUGGCGAACGGGGAGCGAAUCCGGCUUCAAGCCCAUUGUGCCCUUUUAUUUGAGGUUGGAGACCUACAGUAUGCUUCACCGGCAACUGUAUCACGCUGUGGGAUGGUCUUUGUGGACCCAAAGAAUUUGAAAUACAGACCUUAUUGGGAUAAAUGGACAAAACAAAGGAGCAAGCAAGAGAAACAACUGUUGGACAGAUUCUUUGACAAAUAUGUACCCCUCUUGAUCGAAAUGAUUGUAGAAGGGAUUGUUGAUGGACGACAAGGAGAAAAAUUGAAGAUGAUUGUUCCGCAGACGGAUCUGAAUAUGGUGACUCAGCUAAGCAUGAUGCUAGAAGCUCUGAUUGAGGUCGAGGUGGAGGAUCCUGAUGUGCUUGAAUGCUACUUCCUGGAAGCCCUUUAUUUCUCUUUAGGAGCCUGCCUUCUUGAAGCAGGAAGGUGCAAAUUUGAUGACUUUAUCAAACGUAUCUCUUCUAUGUCAACCGUCAACGACGAGAUGACUUUGGCAAAACCAGGAGAAUUGCCAGGGCAGCUCCCCACCUUAUAUGACUUUCAUUUUGACGGGCAUACGAGAAGGUGGUUGCCUUGGAGCAAACUGGUUCCUGAAUAUCAUCACUCCCCUGAAGUGAAAUUUAUCGACAUUCUGGUUCCAACUGUGGACACAACACGCACCACUUGGCUCUUGGAGAAGAUGGUGAAAAUCAAGCACCCAGUGGUUCUGGUUGGAGAGUCGGGGACCUCCAAGACGGCAACGACACAGAACUUUCUCAGGAAACUGAGCCAAGACACAAACGUGCUCCUCAUCAUCAACUUCUCUUCUCGCACCACUUCCAUGGAUAUUCAGAGGAACCUGGAAGCCAAUGUGGAGAAGCGGACCAAAGAAACUUAUGGACCUCCAAUGGGAAAACGACUCCUGGUCUUUAUGGACGAUAUGAACAUGCCUCGGGUGGAUGAAUACGGUACGCAGCAACCCAUCGCCUUGCUCAAACUGCUCCUGGAGAAAGGCGCCUUGUUCGACCGGGGCAAGGAGAUGAACUGCAAAUACCUCCGCGAUCUGGGCUUCAUGGCUGCCAUGGGCAAAGCCGGGGGCGGCCGUAACGAGGUGGAUCCACGAUUCAUUUCCCUCUUCAGCGUGUUCAACGUGCCAUUCCCUUCAGAAGUGUCUCUGCACUUGAUUUAUGCCUCCAUCUUGAAAGGUCACCUAGCGACAUUUGAGGAAUCCGUUGCUGCCAUUGCGGACAAGUUGACAUCCUGCACCUUGGCCCUGUAUGAAACAAUUGUCCGUGACUUGCCACCAACGCCUUCGAAGUUCCACUAUAUUUUUAAUCUGCGGGACCUUUCCAGGGUUUACAAUGGGCUGGUUCAAACAACUCCAGAGAGGUUCCAGACAAUCACACAGAUGGUGAGGGUAUGGAGGAAUGAAUGCCUACGGGUUUUCCAUGACCGGCUGAUCAAUAAAAUAGAUAAAGCUCUGGUCCAAGGCCAUAUACAAGGCCUGCUGGAAACGAAUUUCAAAGAUGAUGCCGAGAACGCACUGAGGGACCCCAUCCUGUUUGGAGAUUUCCGAAUGGCCUUGAGUGAGGGGGAGCCUCGCGUUUAUGAAGACGUUCAAGACUACGAUGCAGUCAAAGCCCUCUUUCAGGAGAUUUUGGAAGAGUACAAUGAAAUUAAUACAAAGAUGAACCUUGUGUUGUUCGAUGAUGCUCUGGAACACUUAACCCGCGUUCAUCGUAUCAUUCGGAUGGACCGUGGCCACGCGCUGCUUGUAGGAGUUGGGGGCUCCGGAAAGCAGUCCUUGGCGAAAUUAGCAGCUUACACGGCGGGAUGUGAGGUCUUUGAAAUAGUUCUCAGCCGAGGAUACAGUGAAAACAAUUUACGGGAAGACCUCAAGGUUCUCUAUUCAAGACUUGGGAUUGAGAAUAAAAUCAUUGUCUUCCUGUUUACGGAUGCUCAUGUGGCAGAAGAAGGAUUUUUGGAGCUCAUCAACAACAUGUUAACCUCAGGCAUGGUUCCAGCCUUGUUCGCAGAUGAUGAGCGGGACAACAUCUUAAGUCAGGUUACUCAGGAAGCCAUGAAAAUUGGGAUCGCCCCAGCCAAAGAAAGCGUCUGGCAGUACUUUGUUAACAAGAGUGCCAACAACCUCCACAUUGUCCUUGGGAUGUCCCCUGUUGGGGACACUUUGAGAACUCGCUGUCGAAACUUUCCAGGCCUCGUCAACAAUACUGGCAUUGACUGGUUCCUGCCUUGGCCACCUCAAGCUCUGUAUGCCGUCUCAAAAUUCUUUUUGGGAAACAAUCCUCUGAUUCCAUCGGAGCACACCGAGGAGGUCAUUGCCCACAUCGUCAUGGUCCACGGCUCAGUUGGUGUCUACAGCAAAAAGUUUCAGCAGAAGCUCAGGAGGAGCAAUUAUGUCACUCCCAAGAAUUACCUGGAUUUCAUCAACACCUACACCAAGCUGCUGGAUGAGAAAAAUCACUUCAUUCUGGCUCAGUGCAAACGUCUGGAUGGCGGCUUGGAUAAACUGAAAGAAGCCACAAUUCAGCUGGAUGAGCUCAACCUGAAGCUGGCUGAGCAGAAGAUUGUGUUGGCGGAGAAAUCUGCUGCCUGCGAAGCCCUCCUUCAGGAGAUUGCCACAAAUACAGCAAUUGCCGAGGAGAAAAAAAAAUUGGCCGUCGAAAAAGCCAUGGAGAUUGAAGAGCAGAACAAAGUGAUUGCGGUGGAGAAGCGGGAAGCCGAGACCGCUCUGGAGGAAGCCAUGCCUAUCUUAGAGGCUGCCAAACUGGAGCUGCAGAAACUGGAUAAGUCCGAUGUGACAGAGAUCAGAUCCUUUGCGAAGCCUCCCAAGCAGGUCCAGACUGUCUGCGAAUGCAUCCUCAUCAUGCGCGGUUACAAGGAGCUCAAUUGGAAGACGGCCAAAGGGAUGAUGUCAGAGGCCAACUUCUUGCGCUCCCUCAUGGAGAUUGACUUUGAUAGUAUCACACAGGCCCAAGUGAAAUCAGUCCGAGGUUUGCUGAAGAAUUUAAACACUACCUUUGAAGAAAUGGAAGUUGUCAGUCGCGCUGGCUUGGGGAUGCUGAAGUUUGUGGACGCCGUCAUGAGUUACUGUGAUGUGGCCAAAGACGUCAAACCAAAGAGAGAAAAGGUGGCCAGACUGGAGCGGAAUUUCUUCUUAAGCAAACGGGAGCUGGAGAAGAUCCAGGCUGAGCUGACAGCCAUCCAGAACGAGCUGAAAGCCUUGGGAGACAAGUACGAGGCAGCGAUAAGGGAAAAGCAGCAGCUCCAGGAGGAAGCGGAGAUUAUGGAACGCCGGCUCAUUGCCGCAGACAAACUGAUCUCCGGCCUGGGAUCGGAAAAUGUCAGGUGGCUGAACGACUUGGAGGAACUCAAGAAGCGGCAGGUGAAGCUGCUGGGAGAUUGUCUGCUGUGUGCCGCCUUCCUGAGCUACGAAGGGGCCUUCACCUGGGAGUUCCGGGAUGAGAUGAUUAAAGAUGUGUGGCAGUCAGAUAUCCUAUCCAGGGAGAUUCCACUCAGCCAGCCCUUCCGUUUAGAAAACCUCCUGACCGAUGACGUUGAGAUUAGUCGAUGGGGAUCUCAAGGUCUGCCCCCAGAUGAGCUCUCUGUUCAAAAUGGGAUCCUGACCAUACGAGCCAGCCGGUUCCCAUUGUGCAUUGACCCACAGCAGCAAGCCUUAAACUGGAUCAAGAGGAAAGAAGAGAAAAAUAACCUCAGGAUGGCUUCGUUCAAUGAUCCUGAUUUCCUUAAGCAACUGGAAAUGGCCAUAAAAUAUGGGAAUCCUUUCUUGUUCCAUGAUGUGGAUGAAUACAUUGACCCGGUCAUUGAUAACGUCUUAGAAAAAAACAUCAAAUGUGCCCAGGGCCGGACAUUUAUUAUUCUUGGGGACAAGGAGGUUGACUAUGAUGCCAGUUUCAAGCUGUACUUGAACACCAAGCUGGCUAAUCCUAAAUAUUCGCCAUCAGUAUUUGGCAAAGCCAUGGUCAUCAACUACACAGUUACCCUGAAAGGUUUGGAAGACCAGCUGCUUAGCGUGAUUGUGGGGUUUGAAAGACGUGAACUGGAAGAGCAGCGAGAACACCUCAUCCAAGAAACGAGCGAAAACAAAAAUUUGCUGAAAGACCUAGAAGACUCCCUUCUCCGUGAAUUGGCUACCUCCACAGGGAACAUGUUGGACAAUGUGGAACUGGUACACACCCUGGAGGAGACAAAGGCCAAGGCUAAUGAAGUAUCUGAGAAACUCAAACUGGCUGAAAAAACAGCCAUCGACAUCGACAAACUGCGAGAUGGCUACCGCCCCGCAGCCAAAAGAGGAGCCAUUUUGUUUUUUGUGCUGUCUGAAAUGGCCUUGGUCAACACCAUGUACCAGUAUUCCCUGGCUGCCUUCUUGGACGUCUUUGGCCUCUCGCUCCGGAAGUCUAUGCCCGAUACCAUCCUUGCAAAGAGAUUGCGCAACAUCAUGGACACGUUGACUUUUAAUAUUUACAACUAUGGCUGCACAGGCCUGUUUGAGAAGCACAAGCUGCUUUUCUCCUUCAACAUGACCAUCAAGAUUGAACAGGCUGAUCACAGAGUUCCUCAGGAAGAGUUGGAUUUCUUUUUGAAAGGCAAUAUAUCGUUGGAGAAGAGUGCCCGGAAGAAGCCAGGCCUCUGGCUUUCUGAUCAAGGCUGGGAGGACAUCAUCCGUGUCUCUGACCUCUUUCCAGAAAAUUUUGGUAGUCUUCCGUAUGACCUAGAAGAAAACCUAAGUGAUUGGAAAGCCUGGUAUGAUAUUGACGCUCUGGAACAAACUCCGUUUCCCUUACACUAUAGUGACAGCCUCACCAGUUUCCAAAAGCUGCUCCUUUUACGGUGCUUUCGGGUGGAUCGGGUCUAUCGUGCUGUGACUGACUAUGUCACUCUCACAAUGGGUGUGAAGUAUGUCCAACCUCCGGUGAUCAGCUUCGAGGCCAUCUUUGAGCAGAGUACCCCAAAUUCACCCAUUGUCUUCAUUCUAAGCCCUGGCUCUGACCCCGCCAGUGACCUUAUGAAACUGGCCGAUCGGACAGGCUUUGGAGGGAACCGGCUGAAAUUUCUGGCGAUGGGCCAGGGGCAGGAGAAGGUUGCACUGCAGCUGCUGGACAACGCGGUGACCCGUGGACAGUGGCUCAUGUUGCAGAAUUGUCACCUCUUGGUGAAGUGGCUGAUCGACCUGGAGAAGGCCCUUGAAAGGAUUACAAAGCCUCACCCAGAUUUUCGGCUGUGGUUGACAACUGACCCUACCAAAGGUUUUCCGAUUGGGAUCCUUCAAAAAUCUCUUAAGGUCGUCACGGAGCCACCCAAUGGGUUGAAGCUGAACAUGAGAGCGACCUUCUUCAAAAUCCCCCACGAGUCCCUCGAGCAGUGUCAGCACCCAGCUUUCAAGUCCCUGGUCUACGUCUUAGCGUUUUUCCACGCUGUGGUCCAGGAGAGAAGGAAGUUUGGGAAGAUUGGUUGGAACGUGCCCUAUGAUUUCAAUGAAUCAGAUUUCCAGGUCUGCAUGGAGAUUCUCAAUACAUACUUGACAAAAGCUUUCCAGCAAAAUGACGACAAAAUUCCAUGGGGGAGCCUGAAGUAUCUCAUUGGAGAGGUGAUGUAUGGCGGACGAGCCAUCGACAGCUUUGACAGGCGCAUCCUUACUAUUUACAUGGACGAGUAUCUGGGAGAUUUUAUCUUUGAUACCUUCCAGCCCUUCCAUUUUUUCCAUAAUGAUGAUGUUGACUACAGAAUCCCCGAAGGGACAUCAAAGGAUGAUUUUGCUGAAGAGAUCGAGUCCCUUCCACUCGCCAACACCCCAGAGGUGUUUGGUCUUCAUCCGAAUGCUGAAAUUGGGUACUAUACCCAGGCAGCCCGCGAUAUGUGGUCACAUCUCUUAGAGCUGCAGCCUCAAACAGGUGAAUCUAGUGCUGGAAUCAGCCGAGAUGAAUAUAUUGGCCAGGUUGCCAAGGACAUUGAGAACAAGAUGCCCAAGGUCUUUGAUAUCGAUCAAAUUAGGAAGACUUUGGGGAUUGACAUAUCGCCAACGACGGUGGUGCUGCUCCAGGAACUGGAAAGGUUUAACAAACUCAUUGUUCGGAUGACCAAGUCUUUGGCUGAACUGCAGCGAGCCUUGGCUGGGGAGGUUGGCAUGAGCAACGAACUGGACGAAGUGGCCCGGGCCCUCUUUAAUGGGCAAAUUCCAAACAUCUGGAGGAAAUUAGCUCCCGAUACGCUGAAGACACUUGGCAACUGGAUGAUUUAUUUUAAGAACAGGUUUCUCCAAUACACAUUGUGGGUUGAGGAAAGUGAGCCAAGCGUCAUGUGGUUGUCGGGACUGCACAUCCCCGAGUCCUACCUCACGGCCCUCGUUCAAGCAACCUGCCGGAAGAACGGCUGGCCGCUAGAUCGGUCCACCCUAUACACCCAAGUGACCAAAUACCGGACUGCAGACGAGGUCACGGAGCGGCCCGGCCAAGGAUGCUUCGUCUCUGGCCUGUACCUGGAAGGGGCUGACUGGGACCUCGAGAACGGCUGCCUCAUCAGGAGCAAGCCCAAAGUGCUGAUUGUGGAUUUGCCCAUCUUGAAGAUCAUUCCCAUCGAGGCCCAUCGUCUCAAACUACAGAACACUUUCCGGACCCCGGUCUACACGACAUCCAUGCGGAGGAACGCUAUGGGCGUUGGGUUAGUGUUUGAAGCUGAUCUUUUUACGACAAGGCAUAUUUCUCACUGGGUCCUCCAAGGUGUUUGCCUCACCUUAAAUGCCGAUUGAACAUCAGAUGCAGCCAUGCUACAGCUCUGUUACAAAUUUUUUGGAUGAGGGAAGAGAGAAGACCAUGGAAAAACCAUUCUUCCUCACUCUGGCCCCCGGAAGCUUCCUGAUUCCAAAGAUGUCUU